UCGCCGUCAUUGUCUCUUUGCAUAUUUGCAGACUGCAGAAUUUAUUUGAAUCGAGAUUACGCGAUUUAUUUGGAUUUUUGUUUGAUAAUCUCGUAAAUCAUCUGAGCUUUAAUAAUCCGCUGAUGAAUCAUUAUUAUCACGCGUUAUAUUAUAAAUAUAAUCUUUAAAAAAGAAAAGGCAAUACGCGCGAAAUCUUGUGUAAAACUUACGGGUUCCCGCUCGAUCGGAACUCACGUGAGCGCUUCGUGCUACAUGAAAAGGAGAAAAACAGAAAGAGACGGAGAGAAAAUAAAGAUCUUUAGAUAGACGAGAAUUGAAAUCAAAAUACUAAAGUAAAACACGUUGAGUUAAACAAGAGGAUUGACAUUUCAUCCGAGCAGAGUGAUAAUGUGAAUCCGGAGAAUUCACUAUACUGCAACGUCGUCAGAGAAAGAAAUAAACGUUCUUCGUAAAUCAAGCAACAAAUCUUCAUUCAUUCACGUCUCGAUAUACAAGAGAUCGCCAUGGGUCGAGCGGAGAAAGAGUUGGACAAUCCCAUGACAGAAUUCAGUAGCAGCACGAAAAUAGCUCCGAAUAUCGGCGAGUACAAAGAAAAGGAUGAACUGUACGACCCAUUCGAACAUCGUGAUAAACAACAUACAACUUCAGAUCUGGGCUCCUUGGCACAUCUUCUGAAAUCUUCUCUAGGAACGGGAAUUCUGGCCAUGCCGCACGCGAUAAAUAACGGCGGGUUAGUGUUUGGCGGGAUCGGUACAAUUAUAAUCGGUUUUAUUUGCGCCCACUGCGUGCACAUACUGGUGCGUACGUCUCAUAUACUCUGCCGGCGUACUAAGACGCCGCAAAUGACGUAUGCUGAAACGGCGUAUGCGGCCUUUCUUUGUGGACCGAAACCGCUCAGGCCGUGGGCCAACUACAGCAAGAUAUUCGUUAAUACGGCGCUGUGCGCGACAUACAUAGGCGGCUCGUGUGUUUAUGUCGUAUUUGUUUCUAAGUCUCUUCAACAGAUCGUAAAUUCUAACAGCGGGAAGUUCAUAGGUAUUGAAAUGUUCAUUUACUCGUUGAUCCCGGCAUUGAUACUGCUCGGGCAGGUACGCGAUUUAAAAUACAUGGUGCCAUUCUCGGCACUGGCGAACAUCUUCAUGAUAACCGGCUUUGCGAUCACGCUCUACUACAUCUUCAGUAAUAGCAACCUGCAUUCACUUAAUAACAACAAGCUGUUUGCCUCGGUGGACCAACUACCCCGUUUCUUCGCAACUGUGAUAUUCGCCAUCGAAGGUAUCGGCGUUGUGAUGCCCGUGGCGAACAACAUGAAAUAUCCACAUCAUUUCCUCGGAUGUCCUAGCGUACUUAACAUCACGAUGACGAUAGUCGUAAGUCUAUACGCUAUGAUGGGAGUGUUUGGUUACCUUGCGUACGGCGACGAAGUAGAACCCAGCAUCACGUUGAGUCUGCCAAAUUCGGAAAUUCCGGCCCAAGUGGUAAAGGCCCUCAUUGCUGCAGCUGUUCUCUUUACUUACGGUCUGCAACUCUUCGUGCCGCUCGAGAUCAUGUGGAAUUCCAUAAAACACUUGUUUAACCAUAAAUUUUUGGCCUUGGGCGAGACGGUGAUGAGAAUAUGCAUUGUUAUGCUAACAGUGGUCUUCGCGCUGUUAGUGCCUGAUUUGGACCCGUUCAUUUCUCUAGUCGGUGCAAUAUUCUUUUCUAUUCUCGGCAUCAGUAUCCCAGCUGUCGUCGAAACGAUUUCGUGUUGGGAAAGCCAUUUGGGUACUUUCAACUGGCGGUUAUGGAAAAACUCUGUGCUAGUUAUAUUCUCGUUAUUAGCGUUAGCAUUUGGUUCAUGGAUCUCAGUGCAAGAUAUAAUCAACAUACAUAAAUAAGAUAAUGAUAAAUUUUAGUAUUUUAUUUAAUGUUUUACUUCAAUUUCUUAUACAAUUGGAAUUCCAGUGUCGACAAGAAACGCAACGAGGUUUUAAUGAAACAACUAAUUA